AUGCGCGCUUUUGGUGCUGUUUUGCUAACAGUUCUUUCCCAUGCAGAUGAGGAGGUUUCGCAUUUCUGCGACCCCGAGAUCUUUCCAUCCUGCGAUGUGGGCGCUCGGGUUGGCCGCGACGCACCGGGGUUGUGGACUACGAAUGCUACCCGACUUGCAGUGAAAGCGAGCCGAUCCAGCCGCUUCCUUCGAGUGAACGGGAGGCUUCCUCCAAUUCCGCACGACCACGAGUUUCUGCUGCCAGACGAGGUAGAGGCAGAGGACAAAGCCAUCAUCUCUCUUCAAGCCGGGCACGAUGCCUCAAUAGCCAUCUCCGUUGGCAGCCGCAUACAGUGCGUCUUGGAACUGGAACGGCUCUUCGAGAUUCGGUACUUUCCAGAGGCUGUGGACAACUUCCAGAGCAACUGGAGACAGGCCCUUGAGAUCGUCCGAGACCGCUGCGACUGUGACGACGGGCCAUGUCCGCAAGAGUUCGACUACGGAAUCAUGGUCGGAUUCGGACUGCGCCUGAAGACGCACUUCACUUGGCUCCCGAAAGUUGUGGAGCUGGUGUUUCGGGUGCACCGCUGGCGCAAUGUCAAUCAUCACGAAGCGCAUGCGCUGAUGGGGUACUUCAGCUCUCCAUUCCGCAGUGCACUCGUGCUGUCCUACGACGGUGGGGGCAACGAUGGAGUCUUCAACGUCUUUCUGGCGAGAGGCCAGGACUUGUGGCGGAUUGCUCGCAAGCCUCUGAACCUGGGAACUGGGUACCACCGGCUGGCCAGUUAUUUACCGCAGGUGACAGGUGCAAGUGAGGUGGGGCUGGUGGCUUGCGCGGCCUUGGAGAAGGAGGGUGAUUGGAUCGACCUGAAGUACAGCUUCGGGGACACGCUGGCCUUGGGCUUUGCGGGCAAGCUGAUGGGCUUCUCCGGCCUGUCGGCCCCCAGCAAGGAGGUAAGUCCUUGGAUUCGGCGUUUCUACGAGCGCCUGGAGCAUCGACAAAACGAGGUUCCCCGUGCCAUGCUGGAGAAGAUCUGCGAAGGGGAGACUGGUGCGCGAGAGGUCGCCGCCUCAAUCCAGGAAGAGUUUGCUCGCAUCGUCCGCGAGGUGCUGGUGGACUACCUCGCAGAGCUGGAGCGCAAGAGGGUCAGUGUGGAGGGCAUUGUGUUGACUGGCGGCUGUGCUUUGAAUGUGGUGGUGAACCAGCAGGUGCGUGACACCCUGACUGAAGCGACAUCAGACCGGCCAAAUCCAAUGAAGCCCCAGGACGUGUACGUGCCGCCAGCUCCCAACGACUCGGGGCUCACGGUCGGAGGGGUCUGGGCAGUGUCGCCACCGGCGGGGCCGAGACAGAAGCUGCAGUACCUGGGCUUCCAGCUCUUCGACAAAGAAGUCUUGCAGAGCGCAGCAGAGGAGCGCGGGGCCCAGCGCCUCUCUGCACUGGGCGGCGUUCACUUCUUGGCACAGCUCCUUACCGAAAAGACUCGGCCCAUCGUGGCGGUGGUCCGCGGGCGACAAGAGUUCGGACCGCGGGCCUUGGGGCACCGGUCUCUCCUGGCGGUGCCCGACUCGCCGGAUCUGCGGGAUCGGAUGAACCGGCUCAAGUUCCGGCAGUGGUACCGGCCGGUGGCGCCGAUGAUCGCCGAGGAGGGCCUCGAAGGGGUCUUCGGGCACAAGUCCUUUGCUCCCUCCAUGGAGUUCGCCCCCGUGGUCCUGGAAGAGGUGCGGGAGCGCUUCCCGGCGCUGGCGCACUUCGACGGCACCGCCCGGCAUCAGUCGGUGAGCAAAGGGGAUGAACCCUGGGUUCAUGCCCUCCUGCUAGCCGUCGGCAACCGGACUGGACUUCCUGCGCUGAUCAACACGAGCUUCAACUCGCGCGGCAAGCCAAUCGUCAACACGGUGGCGGAGUCCUUGAAGAUGCUGGACGAGCUCGCCGACUUGGACUACCUGCUAAUCGAGGACUGGCUGUUCCGCGCCCCGGCAGGGAAGCCCGCCAUCAGCAGCGAGAUACCGAGAGCAGCGGUGGAAUGGUUCUCUCCUCGCUGA